AUUCACUUUAAUAGCUGUUUAGAAAGAUUUUUGUUCCAAAAUUUUGGGGAAAUAAUUUCUGCGUACUAGAUGCAGUCUGCGUUUCUUCUUGUUACCAUAGCAACGGAUUCCUUAAAGGCAAUGGCUGUCUACUGCAAUUCAACUUUCGAUCCGAAAUCAAUUUUUACUUCCAUCUGAAAUGAUGUAUUAUUAAUUUAAAAAGAAACUAACUUCUUUCUUCACUUGCAGUUAGUCAACUCUCCUUGAAAAUGCCUGUGGAAGCUCCUGAGGCUGAAAACAUAAAGGUUGUUGUAAGAUGUCGGCCAAUGAACGAUGUUGAAAUUACUGCUAAGUAUAGAAAUAUUGUUGAGGUAAAAUCCGUUGAAGGCUCUGUAAUAUUGUUCAAUCCAAAUGCUUCUGAAUUUGAUCCUCCAAAAACUUUCACUUUUGAUAAUGUUUUUGCAACUGAUUCUACACAAUUAGAUGUGUACAAUUUGGCUGCUCGACCUAUCAUUGACAAUGUCUUGGAAGGCUACAAUGGUACUAUAUUUGCUUAUGGCCAAACAGGAACAGGAAAGACCUUUACUAUGGAAGGCAAUAGAGACGUGCCUGAACAAAAAGGAAUUAUUCCAAACUCUUUUGCACAUAUUUUUGGCCAUAUUGCAAAAGCUGAAGGAGAUAAAAGGUUUCUUGUUCGUGCCACUUAUUUGGAGAUUUAUAAUGAAGAAGUUAGAGAUCUUUUGGGGAAAGACCAGUCUGUUCGAUUGGAGGUGAAAGAGCGACCAGACAUAGGAGUCUAUGUGAAAAAUCUAACUGGAGUUGUGGUGAAAAAUGCUGAUGACUUGGAUCGUAUCAUGACACUUGGAAGCAAAAACAGAGUUGUUGGUGCAACCAAUAUGAAUCUACACAGCUCCAGAUCACAUGCUAUCUUUAGCAUCACCGUUGAAAGUUGUGAUGAAGGCUUUGAUGGAAAAGAACAUAUAAGAGCUGGAAAACUACAUUUAGUUGAUUUAGCCGGCUCGGAACGUCAAAGCAAAACAGGUUCCAGUGGGCAGCGAUUAGUUGAAGCUACUAAAAUAAAUCUGUCACUGUCCACUCUUGGCAAUGUCAUUUCAGCACUGGUGGAUGGAAAAAGCACACACAUUCCAUACAGAAAUUCUAAACUGACUCGAUUGUUGCAAGAUUCUUUGGGAGGAAACUCAAAAACAUUAAUGUGUGCUAACAUUGGGCCAGCUGAAUACAACUAUGAUGAGAGCCUCAGUACUCUCAGAUAUGCUAAUCGAGCAAAAAAUAUCAAGAACAAAGCCAAAAUUAAUGAAGAUCCUAAAGACACAAUGCUUAAAAAGUUUAAAGAUGAAAUUGAAGAUUUGAGGAAACGUUUAGAGGAUGUUAGUGAAGGGGGUUCGGAAUCUGGAGAGGAUCUUUCUGAGAAAGGAGAGGAAGAAUCAAAGUCAAAAAGUCAUCGUAAAAAAGCAUAUUCGGAAGAAGAAGUGAAGAAAAUGCAGGAACAAAUUGAAAUCGAUCGGAAAACGUUAGCUGAAAGAAAAGAUUUACUAGAAGAAGAACGACAAAAGAUUACUAAGGAACUGGAAAAACGGGAAAAAGACUUAACUGGAAUUAGGAAUGAUCAUGAUGCAAUGCUUCAAAAAUUACAAAACUUAGAAAAGCAAAUAAUUAUUGGAGGUGAAAAUCUUCUUGAAAAAGCUCAAGAACAAGAAAAGUUGCUUGAAGAAAGCUCUAAAGAGCUUGAGGAGCGUAAAGUUAAAGAACUAGAACUUAAAAAAGCUCUAGAAGAAAAAGAGUCAGAGCGUCUCAAUAUUGAAGAGAAAUACUCCAGUUUGCAAGAAGAAGCAGCAGGGAAAACAAAAAAACUGAAAAAAGUGUGGCAGAUGCUUCUGAGUGCAAAGAAUGAAUUAAACGAUCUACGUCAAGAACAUCAGCGGGAGAUGGAAGGACUGUUGGAGAAUGUACGGCAGCUAGAUCGAGAGUUGAGCCUCAACAAGUUGCUCAUCGACAUGUUCAUACCACCUGAAUACCAGGAUGUUAUAGAACAGGCAGUUCAAUGGAAUGAAGACAUAGGAGAAUUUCAGCUUAAGUGUGUGGCAUACACAGGGAACAACAUGAGAAAACAACUGCCGGCUCCCGAUAAAGAGAAAAAAAAGGAGGUGGACAAUCUUGAUUUAUCACAUUUGUAUCUAUCAUACAAUACUGAAAGUGUUACAAGGAUUCCAACACGCCUGAAAUCAUCAAGAGGCAAAUCUAGUAGAACCCAUUCUUCAAGACCAAAAUCUUCUAGGAAAUAAUUAGACCACUUUUAUCAGUCAUAUGAGUAUGAAGGCAAGCUGUUAGUAUCCAAUCGCAAAAGAUGGCAUAAUUUAUUUGUUAAUUUAUUUUGUAGUAUUUAUGUAUUUGUUUGUCAUAAAAACUUUAAUGAAACUGA